AUGUUUUCGAGUAACCUCGUCAAUGCGCAAUUGGACCCUGAUCUUGGCGCGUGUACCAUGAGCUCACAACCACGGUACUGUACUGGGCCAACGCACAAUAAUUUCUCGCCUCGAUCGCACGUCGGCGACGAGUACCUGGCCGCCUUCAGCAUGCCGUCCGCCAUGCCUAGCCACGCGCCGCCGCAGAUGCCAGGAUACAUGCUCACGAACCACGACGCGCAUCCUUUGAAAGAACAGGUUGCAAAUAUUCUUGAACGUGACAACCUGCGCUUUCCAGGCGCGCAACCCGUAUCAUUUGCGCGCGAACACAUUCAAGAGCUCCAACGGCAGGAAUACUUCAUGUGUGAGAAGACGGAUGGCUUGCGCUGCCUACUGUUCCUACACUGGCAGGACACAGGCGCGGGAUUCGAGCCAGUUACGUUUCUGUUUGAUCGCAAAAAUAAUUACUAUCAAAUCCAACCUCCAUUUCGGAUACCAUACUACAAGGAACCCGAGAAUCCAGAGCCAUUCCUCUUCGGAACCAUUUUAGACGGAGAACUAGUUAACGAUCACUACCCUGGGGAGCCAACGCCGCGACUCAACUACUACGUAUUCGACUGUCUUGCUGUAGAUAGUGAGAACGUGACGGGCAAGCCGCUCGACAAGCGCUUGGGUCGCCUCCAGGAAUGGGUCCUCAAGCCCUACAACGCCUAUCUCACCCGCCAGUUCGGGCCAGCGAUAACCCCCAAUGACCUCAAGCCCUUUGCCCUCAAACCAAAAAAGACCUACUCGGCCUACUCUCUCCAAGAAAUGUUCAACAAGGUGCUCCCCAACCUCAAACACGGCAACGACGGCCUCAUCUUCACGUGUAAAAACACACGCUACGAAUUCGGCACAGACCGCCAUAUUCUCAAGUGGAAGCCCCCCCACGAAAACACAAUCGACUUCAAACUGCGGCUCGGCGACUUCCCCUUGAUUGACCCGCAAGACGGCGAAGAUGGCCUGAUACCAGAUUACGACGCCAUGCCGGCCCCGAUCCAACUCCUUGUCUCCCACGGCCAAGACAAAUACCAACCCUUCGCCACCCUCGCCCUCACGCCCGCCGAAUGGAAUACGCUCAAGAGCCUAAACCAGCGCCUGGACGGGCGCAUCAUAGAAUGCUACCGCCACCCCUCAGGCCAGUGGAAAUACAAGGCCGAACACAACGGCCACCCCCGCUGGCGCGACGACAAGAAAGACGCAAACCACAUCUCCACCGUCAACAGCGUGCUCGCUAGCAUCGAAAACCCAGUCACCGAACUCGACCUCCUCGCCAACGAAGAGAAUAUCAAGCGUGAGAUAUACAAGCUCCAGGGCAGAGCAGAGCAAUAUCGCCCCCCGUUGGAUAGCGCGGGUGAUCUCAGGGAGGCCAAGAAGAGAAAGUUGAGCCCGUCCGAGGCGAAUGGGUCUCAUUAG